AGCUCACAACCUCACCUAACGGACUCUGUUCUUUCUCUUGGUCUUAUUGUCGCCUCUUAAUAUCCUUAAUACUGCGGCAGUAAGGGGACUGAAAAUGUGCAUUCUGGCCUAAGAGGAUUAUUGUUAUACUUCUGCACAUACCCUAAAACAGAUCAGACAUGCGCGGCGGGGAAGCGGCGAAGACGCACCACUUGUGACGCUAGACUUGGAAGCGUCCUUUGAAGGGGCGGUAGUGGACCGCACGUUACGAAACUGAUAUUUGAAACAGUGCGAAGCUAUCACGAAGCUUUGUUACUGCUGGGAUUGCUAUAACAUAUAGCCAGAGCUACAGGCCGCGGGGCAGGCUCCCAACGUCCGCGGCUAUGGCUUCGUUCCUCCUCCCGACGUCGAUACAGAAGCGGCUGCUACGGUAUGCUCUUUCGCGGCUGGAGAUUCUAGAUACAGAUGCGCUGGAUCUGGACCGCCUGGACAUAUCAUGGGGCUCCAAGAGCACUCUGGAGUUCCGCGAUGUGGGGUUGCGGUUGAAGAAACUUGGAACUAUGCUCAAACUACCCCCGAAUAUCGAACUCGCGAAGGCCCAGGUGCUGUUGCUCCGUUUGACUAUACCGGUCGAUAUAUACAGUAGCCCCAUUGUGGUGGAGGUUGAUGGGGUGGAAGGGCAUAUAAAAGUGUCACCUGAGGGCGAACACGGCAUCGCGAAGGGGAAGUCUACGGCUGGACAUGACAGGAAACAAAGUAAAACUGCAGACGGGUCCCGGCCAGGCGGGCCAGAAUCCAACGAUGAUCCAGGUUCUCCGAUACCUACGGUAGCGGAUCUAGCGCAGUCAUUUAUACAGACCGAGACACCGGAAGAGAGGGCGGAACUGGAAGCAGCCAUCACGAGCCAGUCUGUGGCUUCUCUGAGCGACGAUGGAGACGACGACUCCACAGUUGGGACUGGGGCGGCCCUGGCGUUACCAGCGUUUAUGGCAAAUUUCUUGAAGGGUAUCGUCGACAGACUUCAAGUGAGGGUCCGCAGUAUCAAGCUGAAUCUCGAUGUGGAUAUUCCUGUCGAGUCGCUGGGACAGUCGACAAUGGACCCAGUUACACUGCAGAUAGACAUCGAGGAUAUAGAUAUUGAAGGUGUUACUUUCGGCACAACAGCUGAUAAAGAUGAAGGGAAGGUUGAUGCGGAAACUCCAGUCUUGCCACUCAAGGAUGAGAAGAGGCUAGUUAGCCUCAGGAACCUUCGUGGAUUUCUCAUUUCAGAUGCUGGGCACUUUGCGAGCCUUGCGCGCUCGUCAGGGAUGCCAUCUCCUGCGGCAACGCAUUCAGACUUGCGAAGUCUGAAAAGCCAGAGCCUUUCCCGACAAGGCUUCAAUGCCAGGUCUGAUAUAGAAUCACCACCACUGUCAGUUAGAGAUAGCCUCUCUACAUCAAAUCUCGCGUCGUCACCUGUGCCCCAUGACGACGAGGUGUCAAACCCAGCGGUGUCAAACCCAACGUCGCCAGUAGUAUCCAGCAUUGGCCACUCCCUGGAAGCAUCAGGACGAUUUGAUGACGCGCCGGAAGAUGACGACCACCCAGAUGCUAUGGACGAACUUCCAGCCGAUAUGAUGAGCCACAGCAUACUGGAUAACUCCAAAUUUUUGGAUGAAGUCGCUGAGAGCCAAUUUUUAGAUGACGGUAGUGGUGAAGAGAGAAACGACUUUCCAUUUGGAAGUGUUCACGAGAAAAAGCUGUCCUCUGAGAAAUCCCCGCAGUCUACACCACGGGCGUCCAUGUUUUUGUCCUCGGAUAAAGGACUUCAUAGAAGCAGAUUUACCAAUCCUGCUUCGCUGGCAUCGAGCUCUAGGCUUGAUCCUCGGGGAGCUUCUGUUGCAGGGUCACAGAUCAGAGCUCCUGGGAUCGUCCGCCCUCAUGCUGGGGUGGCAAAUUCAGAGCCUGUGGCUAUGCACAAGAGCGGCCACUCCCACUAUGAGGAGACAUUUGCUUCUAUGCCGAAUUUGACUGGCAAAAGGUCAGGCCCGCCGUCUGAUGUCAGUGACUCGCCGUCGGAUUAUGAAAGCCUGGCGGAGUCUAGAUUGUUUACCCACGAAGAUGCUGAGAGCAUGUAUAUGAGUGCGUUGUCUCACGGCUCGAGGCACGAAGAGGCACCGGGCGGAUACAAUGUUCCAGGCAGCGAUUCGACCGAGGCUCCGGAACCACCCCGGACUCCAGAACUAGGGGGAAGUUCUGGAGCUGAAAUGCCGUAUCGCCCUGAUAGUGCCGCUGAAAGCAUACUUGAAGACGGAAAAUAUGAGAUUCCUGUUCCUACCGAGAAGGCGAAAUCUAUCAACUCGGAAUCAGACUUCACAGCUGAACCCGACAUGCAAUCAGAGACACCCACGGAAGAUCACUUUGAUGCAUCCAUUCCGCCGAUAAAGAAAACAGAAACCAAUAUCUCCGAGGCAUCCAAUAUCUCCUCGGAUCGAGAUAAUAGGAUGGCCAAACAGCUGUUUAGCCUGGACCAUGUUGGUAUAUAUCUCCCUCCUACAGCUGACGGGAACGGGACAUUGGACCAAGCCACUGCAACAGAAGCUGCUGCUAUGGAAGCGUCUGCUCGAGCUAGUAUAUAUGGUCCCCAGGCGUCAGGAUCCCGAUUUUUAGCACCAGAUUUGCCUGGAGCAUUCUCCACACCCUCAAUCCGAGCUCGUGAACGCCCAUCUGUUUCUGAACAAGAUAAGCCUAAGAAACAUGAGCUUCCGGCGAAGGAAGAUUCCAAAUCUACCACCAUCGAGAUAGUUCUUGGUCAACUAUACGCACAGGUCGAUGUUUCUGUGGCACGGCUUCUUUUCAAGCUAUUCCAAAGCAUAUCUGCCGUAUUUGAAGGUAAUCAGCGAAGCCAAGCUUCAGCGCCAGAAGAAGAAAAGGACGUUUCACCGGUGUCAGUUAAGUUCCAUGCAGAUCGUUUCUCUGUAAAAUUUCUGGAAAGACUGCCGGGCACGAGGAUACCGGAUGCCCCCUUUGGGGAGGAGUAUGUGGUCAAACCUCCAAGCUCUGACGUCUUGCUGCGGACUACCUUGAAGGGGCUUGAUAUCAGUUAUGAUAUUUCACAAGCCUCAACAGCUGCUUCUAUUACGCUACAGAAGUUCGUAUUUGGCUAUGCCAAAGAGAAUAUACUCUCAUUCGAUGCAGAUCUCCGUAUGAGAGAAUCUGUCAGAGAUCUAGCAGCUACGGCUGGUGUUGAUGUAUCCGUCAAAAUGUUAAAAACUCCAGUCACAAGUCGCUACAGCAUUUUUACUCUGCCAAUACACUUAUCCAUCAACCUACAGAAGCUUGACGAAACAUUCAGCUGGUUUGGUGGCCUGAGUAGUGUUCUGAACAUGACCAGUUCUAUGGCAUCAAGCGCUACGAUGACAACCUCGAGCCCUGCUAAGACAAAACCUCGAGGCGUAAGGUUCGAUGCCCCGAUAAUGCCAGACGAUGAGUCGGUGUCGUCACAGACCAAGGUCGAUGCCCGAAUUGCCGGAUUUGUACUGGAUCUUAUUGGUAAAGACUGCAGCGUUGGUCUCGAUACGACAGCCGUCAAAAUUGUCAGCCGCGAUGAGGGUAUUGCAGUUGCCAUUGAUCAAACGAAGAUAACAGGGCCCCAUCUAGCUACCUUUUCCAACGAUGAGCCCGCGAUUCGCGCAGAACUGACUGGAAUGCGACUGGAAUAUUUGGAAGCGCCAAAAAGUGCUGAUCUUGACCGAUUACUGGCUUUAAUUACACCGUCAAAAUCGAAAUAUGACCGGGACGAUGAUAUCUUACUUGAGACCCUUCUGCGGCAGCGGCGACAGGGGGCCGUUCUCCGAGUAAACAUAGAUCAGUUCAAAUCUCGCGUUGCACAUCUGGAACAGCUCAAAUAUCUGCCUGAUCUGGGCGAAGAAGUCUCCAAGCUCUCAACUGUAGCCAAGUAUUUGCCUCAAGAUGAUCGACCUGGAUUCCUCUCUCUUGUCUUGGUCAAAAAGUUUGAUCUGAAGGUGGAUAUUAAUAAGACAAUUGGCAAUUUCCAAGCACGGGCAACAGAUAUCGAGGUUGCCCAAAUAACCUUACCGGCACUUGUGGCUCUGUCAAUGGAUACUUUUACUGUCCACCGAAACGACACCGAGGAAAUAAUAUGUGCUGCCACGACCGUGGAGCUACGCCCAGCUAAAGAUCGAUCGCCUGCAAUCAUGGCACGUAUGAUCGGUGAUGAAAUGGAACCAGUCAUCAAACUCAAGCUCUGGAAUCUACGAUUAGAGUACAAUGUGCCUACCCUGAUGACUCUUCUCGGCCUCAAGGAUAAUGCCACUACAGAAGAUAUGGCUACUGGAAUUGCUGCGUCUGUGGCUACGUUGACAGACCGCAAACAGAUAUCUCUCGCAAUGCAGCGUGGCGAGGCCAAAGAAAAGGGACCAAAGAGCCAGGAGUCGAAGGCAUUGACUGUGGAUGUUGCAAUCCGAGAAUGUAUUUUGGCAUUGAAUCCUCUGGGACUACCAUCAAAGAUUCUAGUGGUGAUGACUGAAGGCCACGUCUCGGCAGUGCUGCCAGAAGAUAACAAUACAAAUGUCACCGCAGAAUGGGGGAAAGGCUCCUUGGUUGCCAUCGAUGAUGUUGCAAACAUCACAGCGCCAACCCUUGCGAACAAAAGCAGGCGGCAAUCAUUCGAUGGUGGAAGCUCUCAAGUCGCUGAUCUCUGUUCACGUGGAUUUGUUUGUCUUGGAUAUGUUGCGUCCGCCAAGGCAAUUGUACGGGUAUCAACAGGCAAGAAACCGGGUGAGAAGAAUAUUGAUGUUGAGUUGCUUGACGAGCUGUUUGUUCUGGAAACUUGCGCCGAUUCUACACAAACGCUUAUUGCUGCACUCGCUGCGUUGGCGCCACCGUCCCCGCCUAGCAAGGAAGUCAAAUACCGCACCAAAGUCAUGCCGAUGCAAGAUCUUCUUGCCUCAUUCACUGGAGACGCCUUCGAGAGCAACAACCCUGCGGGAGAUUUUAACUUCGACGAUGAGUUUGGAAGCCGCCUUGGGAGUGAUAUCAGCGACAACUCGAAUCUCGACUUUGACUCUCAAUAUUACGCAAGGCCAGCCAACUCAUUACGAGAAGAUAGUCUAGGCGAGUCAUCCCAACACGGCUCGCUGCUUUUCGAUCAAUACAACAAUCCAGGCCAAGACACAGACGAUGGCGUUCUCCUCGAAAGCUUCUCUUCCAAACAACAUGUACAUAUAAAUGAAGAAUUGGAUUUUAAGGAGGAUUACUUCGGCAGCGGUUCCAUGGUGGAAGGCACGGCGCAUCGGUGGAAUUCGGCGAAAAACAUGUACGACAAGUCGGAUACGUAUAAAGUACGGGAGAGUCCUUUGAAAGUUUGUGUACGGGAUGUGCAUGUAAUUUGGAACUUGUUUGAUGGAUACGACUGGCAGGCAACACGAGAUACAAUUACGAAGACUGUUCAAGACAUUGAGUCGAGAGCUAGUGAUACGCGUGCACGAAGAGACAGACGCUCUACGGCUGUUGAACUAGAUUUCGAAGAGGAAGAAACAGUCAUUGGCGACUUCCUGUUCAAUUCCAUCUAUAUUGGUGUUCCAGGCAAUAGAGAUCCAAGGGAGCUGGCUGCAGCUAUCAACCGAGAGCUACAUGAUAAUGCAACGGAGACCGAAUCUCUAGCGCCGACAACAGUUUCAGCUUCCCCAAGCCGGCAGGGUGGACCACCCAGAGUUAAAGGGAAGCGACUUCGACUUAACAGGAGCAAGCAUCACAAAAUCACCUUCGAGCUCAAGGGCGUCAAUGCGGAUGUUAUUGCAUUCCCACCUGGAUCCGGUGAAACCCAGAGCUCAAUCGACAUCCGUGUUCACGAUUUUGACAUCUACGACCAUGUUCCAACUUCUACAUGGAAGAAGUUUGCUACGUAUAUGCACGACGCCGGCGAACGUGAGUCAGGUUCGAGCCAGAUCCAUAUUGAGUUACUCAACGUCCGCCCCGUUGCCGAACUUGCCGCAUCUGAAAUCGUGCUUCGGGCCACUGUGCUUCCACUUCGCCUACACGUCGAUCAAGAUGCCUUGGAUUUCAUAACUCGUUUCUUCGAGUUUAAGGACACGUCAAACACACCUUCUGGUGCUCCGUCGGAACCACCUUUCAUUCAGCGCGCAGAAGUGAACGAUGUCCAAGUCAAGCUAGACUUCAAGCCAAAACGCGUUGACUACGGCGGCCUCCGCUCUGGGCACACCACGGAAUUCAUGAACUUUAUAGUCCUGGAUGAAGCGAACAUGGUGCUUAGACACACGAUCCUCUACGGUGUAUCUGGUUUCGAUAGGCUAGGCAAGAUGCUGAACGAUGUUUGGAUGCCAGAGAUCAAGCAAAACCAACUACCAGGAAUCCUUGCGGGCCUAGCACCCGUACGCAGCCUUGCAAACUUCGGAGGCGGCGUAAGAGACCUAAUUGAAAUCCCCGUUCGCGAGUAUCGGAAGGAUGGGCGCCUGGUGAGGGCUCUCGGAAAAGGCGCCGCAGCGUUUGCCAAAACGUCUGGCACAGAAAUAAUCAAACUUGGUGCCAAACUGGCAAUUGGGACACAGACAGUGCUCGAGGGCGCGGAAGGCGUCUUGGGAGUCUCUCCAGCUCCACAUCAUCGCACUGGGGGAGAUUGGGACAACGAUGGAGACUCUGACUCCGAUGAGCCGCGCCUGGUUAGUUUGUAUGCCGACCAACCUGUGGGUGUGGUGCAGGGCCUGCGCGGUGCAUACAAGAGCCUCGAGCGCGACCUGGUCAUGGCACGAGAUGCGAUUAUUGCGGUUCCUGGUGAGGUUAUGGAGAGCGGGAGUGCGGUUGGUGCGGUCCGGGCUGUGGGACGGAGGGCGCCGACGGUUAUUCUGAGGCCGCUUGUGGGAGGGACGAAGGCGGUCGGGAAGACGCUGUUGGGGGUGGGUAAUUGGGUGGAUCCGGGGAAUUUGAGAAGAGUUGAUGAUAAAUACAAACGGCAUUAGUACGUGCCUGCUGGCAAGGAACGGAGGUUAUGAUUGAGCGAAGGGGGUAGCGUGCAUGAUGUUUUUGAGCGAAUUAAAUUGCAUGGGAUAUUGGAGUUUAGAUGGCGUUUAGGAAGAUCAUUGUGGAGGGAUUGAGUGUGUGGUUUUAUAUUUCACCACGCCAUGGACUGGCGCCUGCGAGUCUAUAGUGCGGGUUUUUUGGUAAAUCGAGCCACGCUGCUACUAGAAGAAUUGGGUUUGCGGCGGCAAGCCGGAUCUGGGAUAGUAUUUUGAGAUUGGAAUAAGAUCGUAUAACAGCUA